AUGGCCUUGUCCAUGAUGUCGCCGCUCUCUAGAGCCGUUCCUCAACUACCUCGAUUCGGUUUACUCGCCACUGCAAUCUCCCUGCCUUCCAUCUCCGUGACUAUUCCGCCAUUCCUCUCCGAUCUCUGGGACUCAGUCCUCCGUGCGGUUCCCAAGAAGAAGACCUCGCACAUGAAGAAGCGCCAUCGUCAAAUGGCUGGAAAGGCCCUGAAGGAUGUUGAGAAUCUGAACAAGUGUCCCGGCUGUGGUCAAGUCAAGCGGGCUCAUCUGUUGUGUCCCCACUGUGUGAAUGGUACGUGGAGUCUCGACCCUCGGAGCCUUGAAGAAGGUUUUGCGCAGAUCAGUGGUGGCGUUGAUGGUGUCUAUGGUGCAGCGGAGGAAUAUCAAUGGCGUAAAAUAAUCAAUUGCUAA